ACGUUUGUUGGGCCCUUAAGGGCCCAGCCUAGCCCAUGAACUGGGGAAUGUCAGAACGAAUGUCGUUUUCCUCGUUCAUCUUGUGAGUGGAUUACAUGACCAAAAACGAUAGAAAGAGCCACCAUAACCGUAAUCGCGCUGUUACUGAUACUAAUAUCUGGUUUGUUACUUGCGACGCUGCACCUAAAGCAAAACUUCCCCAAUCGCCAUGGGAGAAUCUAAACGGAUUUCCGUCCAUCACGCUCUCGGCGCUGGCUUAGUUGCCGAUGUGUUGUUGUGGAAGAACUGGCGUGGAGCAGCUACGGUACUGGUUUCGGCUACCGCGCUGUGGUACCUGUUCGAGCGUGCCGGUUACAAUUUCUUGUCCUUUGUUGCAAAUGUGGUGUUGCUUCUCGUAGCCAUUCUAUUUUUCUGGGCCAAAGCUGCUAACCUUCUCAAUAGACCUCUUCCUCCUCUCCCCGAUCUGGAGAUCUCGGAGGAAACUAUUGCCAGGGUUGCUGAUUUACUGCAGAUUUGGAUAAAUCGAGCUUUGUCUGUUGCACAUGACAUAGCGAUUGAGAGGAAUUUGCUGCUUUGCCUCCAGGUUGUUGGGGGAUUGUGGGUAAUAUCUUAUAUUGGUAGUCUGCUCAACUUUUUAACUUUGAUCUAUAUUGGUAUUCUUCUGAGCUUGUCUAUUCCUCUUUUGUAUGACAAGUACCAGGACCAAAUUGAUGACAAGCUGUAUGUGGUACAUGGGAUUAUUCAGACACAGUAUAAAAAGAUUCACAGUAUUGUUUUAAGCAAGAUUCCAAAACUCUCAAACAAAGAAAAGAAGGUGCAGUAGGUAACAGGUGCAAAUGGAUAAGAGAAUUCUAGUUAGGAGCGUACAAAUUGGUGCUAAAAAUAUGAAGUGCUUGAGGUUUUCUUUUUGCUGGGAUGUUGUCGCUCUUUUGAUUGAUGGUUAAUUGGUAUGUUAAUUCUUCAAAAGCAGGAUUGACCAAUAGCUUCGACAUAGGUGAUUUUUCAUGUCUGAUUUUCUAUGUACCCUUUGGAAGAUGCUUUAUAUGGAUUUUUAUCAUUGGGUAUGUUACCCUUGUCAAGCUUAGCUGUAGGCAAGAUUACCAGAGAGGGAAAAAAAUAGAAAAGAAAGGACAUGGAGAACUUGCUUAUCGGUUUGUAUUUUUAGAAUGGUAACAUAACAUGAUUUUGGUUGGGCUGGUUAUAUGAUGUGCCGUAGAAGUGUUUAAUUACCACCGCGAGUACUGUGAUCAUCUUUUUAUUCUUCUUAAGUAGGAAUACAGCAGUGUAAUAAUAAUGGUAACGAAAUGUCUUGACACUGCAUCAGCAUUGUUCCUAACCUGA